AUGCAAUUACGAAAGACACGUGACCUGGAAGCAACGCGUAUGCGCAAACUCUGCCAUAUAAGGGUCGGAGCGCGCCGCCCGCCUCAUUCGAGGCCGGGCGCUCGUGGUGCAAGGUCGCACACCUUCCUCAAACGGCGUCGAGGGCACGCAAAUGCAGUCCGGGAGUCAGCUCGGCUUAUUCUCGAGUCUCCAGCACCAGAGGCUGAUGACGCCCUCACCCUGGCCAGAGCUCUCCGCACCCGCCCCCCAGUCAACAUGCUCCCAGCAGCUAAAGCCGGCACAUUCUUUGCACGAGAUAACCUCUCAAAUUUCAUCGAGUGGUGUCGAAGAGCCCUAGGCAUCCUGGAAUGCCUCCUUUUUGAAACAGAUGAUUUGUGCCUAAGAAAGAACGAGAAGCAUGUAGUUCUAUGCCUUCUCGAAGUCGCUAGAAAAGGAGCUGUACUGGGAAUGCCAGCGCCAUUACUGGUCCAGAUGGAGAAGCAGAUUGAAAGGGAAUUGGCCGGCGAGGAAUUGCGACCUGACGAUUCUGCUCUUGGCCUGGUCCCGCUAGGACCUCAGCCACAGCUGGUGACCAACGAUUUGAGGAGUCUGGAUGAAAGGGUCAGAGACUUGGUGGAGAGGUGCUCGUGUCCAACUCAGUUCCCAAUGGUGAGGGUCUCGGAGGGAAAAUACAGGAUUGGUGAUACCAGGCUCCUGAUCUUCGUCAGGAUUCUUCGUUCCCACGUGAUGGUACGUGUUGGAGGAGGCUGGGACACCUUAGCUCAUUAUUUGGACAAGCAUGACCCGUGCAGGUGCCGCGCCCAGCAUCGCACCUCGCUGUCAGCAAGACUAGCUCGCCCCAAGCACGACCUAGCAGGCGCCACCGUGACCUACGAACGACCAGACCCCGGCCCCACAUCAUUACCCUACAAAACUGAACCACUACAAAAGAAUUACGAACCGAUGUCUCUACAAUACUCCUCGAAGUUAUACGCUGAUGAUCCGAGAAAUACACACUACCAAUCGAACCACAGACUCAGUGAUGCUCCAACAAGCUUACCUUAUCUCGGCGACUUAGAUAGGUCACAUUCACCGAGCCGAAAACAUUUAGCCCCGAGAGCUAAUAGCCCUGGAAGGAAGUCUUCUUCACCUGACAGACGAUCAAAGAUUGUUGCGACUAAUCAUUUAGUACCAACGCCUUUAGGUGUAAGGAAUAAAAGUCCAAGGCCAGUUUCUCCUGCUCCAGCGGCUGAAAGUGCUUCCGAUAAUGGUUCGGAGGUGUCAGAUGAAGGGUACAGGAGUUUGGGAGUGAUGGCCGGGUCUACGCAAGGCUCUCCGCCAACUAAAACGACAAAUAGAUACUCGAUGCACAGCCAGAAUUCAAUUGAAGACGCUGAAUACAGUGAGCGUCUCGAUCAAGAUGAUGGCUGCCACAUGGAUAAAAGCGAACGAGUUGAUGACUACGUAAGCAUCACCACCGGGCUCCGCAAGACAGACUUUUCGGAUACUUUCUAUAGGAACAAAAAACCCUCUAUAGAUGACAAGUCAAAUCGCGGCAGUCCUGAAAGGAUAGUAAUCACUGAAAACAAUGACUCGCCAAGUAAAAGUCUUAGACCAUCUAGGGAAGCCACAGAGUCACCGACAAAAACUAUUAAAAAUCGUCAGGCUAGUCGCAUACCACAUUCCCCAGUUAGGUCUAAGACUCCAAGCCGGGGAAACACACCGAGUCCAAAACAUACUCCCAACCCAGUUCAGACAUCGCCCAAGCUUACGCCAAAAUUACCCCCUACAGCUAGAAAUACGUGGAAUGGCAGAACCGCACCUAACCAGAAUAAAACUAAAGCGAGGCCUACCAUAGGUGCGGAAACUUUCGAAAACCCCAAUAAAUCUCCAAAGACCAAAUUGAAAGCAGCUGUGCAAAGUGAAGCAUUUAAAAGAAAUUCUCCUCUGAGAGCUAGCAGUGCUACACUGAGAUCACCACCUAAUCAGAAACCUUUAAGUCCAUUGUUAGAACAGAUAUUGAGGUCUGCUGAAACAGCAAAAGACGAUGCCACUGUUCUGGCAAAAAUGAAAGAAAUCAUCAGAUCUUAUUCUAAAGGUGAUAACGAUUCUCUCUCCAGAACAAGUUCAAAGGACUCAGAUUACGCCGAUUUUACGUCGGCUUGGGUAAUGUCUGACGUAGUAAUCAUAAAUGAAGCGUUCUGCAAAGCAGCUUGCAUGAAAAAUGCACGACGGGUCCUCAAUGAAAAUCCUCCAGAUGUCGAGCUCAAUGAGAGGAGACCAUCAAAGUACGCCACAUCUUCGAAACCUACUCAUCAUGGCAUAGGAGACGUAGCCUCAGAUGGUAUACACCACAUGUAG